AUGAGCAAGCCUACUCUUCACGAGGUCUACGCCUCGAGAGAUCUCCUCAAAUUCAAGAGCUUCCUCUCUGCAGGUCGUCGUGGUCCUCACGCGGGCGGCUCGAGUGCAUCGGCAGCUAGCCUGUCGCGUUCGCCGAGAUGGGAAACAGGCGGAUCUCAAGCUCCUUCGAGUCAGGUCAACCAACGCGAUCUCAUGGGUCGGACCGUCUUGCAUCUCGUCGUAGCGGGACCGGAUGAGUCAUGGCGAUUUGACUUUUGUGAGGCCUUGCUGGUCAAUUCGAAUGUCAACGUCAAUCUGCAGGACACAGAAUCUGGCUGGACUGCUCUCCAUCGAGCGCUGUAUCAUGCCAAUCUCAACGCCGCUCGCGCUCUGAUUGCUCACGAGAACAUAGACCUGCGUCUGCGCGAUAACGAGGGUCUGACUGCCUUUGACUUGUAUAACACGACCGUCGAUGGUACCGCGCCAGACCUCAGCGCACCUGACGGAGCUCGCACAGAGCUCUUCACUUGGGGCGACAAUCGUAAUCAUGUUCUUGGCACGCCGGGCGAUAAUGACCGCGUCCAACCCGAACGGGUCAAGAUCAAGCAUAGCGAAGGCAGACGGCCAACCGGUCGAGCGGCCUUCGACCCCAUCGGUGUACGACAGGUUUCGAUGGCGAGAAAUCACACUGCCAUUGUCACAGAUGAGCGCUCGAGCAAUAUAAGACUGUGUGGAUUGGGCGGACUAGGCCGACUGGGUCGUUCACUCAAUAGUGCCCAAUACUCGCUCGACAACCUGCUCGGCAUUCCAGGAACAAUCAUCAGCGUCGCCACUGCUCAGGAUCAUACGAUCAUCAUAACCUCGACGGGGGAUUGCUGGACUUUUGGCUCGAACCGCUACUUGCAGCUUGGCUACGCUCCCGAUGUGUCGUCUGCUGGCACUCCUAAGGCUAGCGCUACCGCUGAGCCUGUACAAAUUGCGCCCAAGAAGGUCACUGCUGUGCUCAAGAAGGAGUACGUCCUCGGUGCAGCAGCUAGCAGAUUCCACAGUGUCGUCUUUACAGCCGACUCGCUGUAUACUUGGGGUACGAAUAAUGGUCAGCUGGGCUACGCCUCCAAUGCGACGCCGACACAAGCUGUACCGCGCAAAGUCACCACCGUCACGCUGCCUGUACUACAAGUCGCUGCCGGAGACUAUGCCACAGUCUUCUUGCUCGCCAACAACGAAGUUUGUGUUCUCACGCGGGACAUCUAUCAAAAGCUCAGCUUCCCAGCCGUCAACGCAUUGACGGCAGGCGUCUAUCGCCCGCCUCAGAUCGCGGCCAGGCCUGCUAUAGUCCGCAUCAACGGGUCAGGCACUUCUUUCGUCGCAGUCUCCUCGAUCGGCGACGCCUUCUGGUGGUCUCACGAUAGUCCCAGCGCGGGCAACGAUCGCGAGAUGAAGCAUCCUCAGCGUGUCUGGGAUCUCAGGACGAAGUUCUCUGCCGUCAUCGAUGCCGCGGUCAGCGGCCAAGAAGUUCUACUGUGUACGAAAGCAGGUCAUGUCUACUACCGAUCCAGGCGGAGCGAUCCGCCAAAAGGCAGCGCGGAUCCGCGCUCGCUACUGAGCUCCACCGGUAAUAGCAGGAAACUCUUCAAGUUCUCUCGCGUUCCGUUCGUACAGCGCGUCAUCAAGGUUGCUGCAAAUCCCAAUGGCGCUUUUGCCGCCGUUCGACUGGACGCUAUGCUGCCAUCGGUGGAGCUAGCCGGUCGAUCGCUCGCUGUCGAUCUGCUUGAUCUCAUACCACACUACCUGGGCUUUCCAUCAAAUGCGGGCUCAACUGUGCAAGAAAUGAUGGGCAAUAGUAGUGGCAUUUCCAUCGAUGCUGACGAGAACGAAUCAGAUGCUGUCGCAGUCGACGCAGACAUCUUCUUGCUUAACGAAAUAAUGACACGUCUGCCUGAUCCGGCGUCGACUGCCGUCUUUGACGCCGCUGCCGGCGCCGAUCUCAAAUUCAUCGCGGGACCCCUUACUUUCUAUGCGCACUGUUCGGUGCUCGCAGCGAGGUGCGCCAUGCUCGGCGACCUCCUCUUGACAAAGUCGUCGACCAUUGACGGCUUUGAUUUGAGCGAUGAUCCGAGUGGAUUCUCAGCAAUAUCGGUCGUCGGCUUGCAUCCUCUAUCUCUCCUCACUGUUAUUCACUAUCUCUACACGGAUAACGUGCUCUCUCUUUGGGACACUCGCAUCUUCGAGCAGGUGACGCGCAAGAUUGGUCAGCAAGUCUUGCAUCCCGACGUGGCAAUCAGGCCCGUCGAUAUCAAGAAUGACGUGCAGACGCUUGCACGGAAGCUCGGUCUAUCAGAACUAGAGGCUUGCUUGAAGCCUGCACUGAAGCCUCGGCCGCAACUUAUGCUGUCUCGUGACAUGACACGCUUGCUCGAAGAAAGUGUCUGGCCUUGCGAUGUCUGUCUCGACCUCGAAGACGGCUCGAUUUCCUGCCAUUCUGCUAUCUUGCGCGCACGCUCGCCUUUUUUUGCCACCUUCUUCGACGAGGCCGACUGGUCAGCUCGACGACGAAUCGAAGCACAGGACGAGCCUGAUCAACAGCUACACAUAGACUAUACGCAUCUACGCCUUGAUACCAUCUCUCGAGUAUUGCGCUUCAUCUAUACCGACGACGAAUCGAUGAUUUUCGACGAUCUGAAUUCAUCGAACGCGAACGACUACAUUGGUCAUGUCAUGAUAGUCAUGGCUGUGGCUAACGAGCUAUUGCUCGAUCGCCUUAAGAGCGCGUGCAGUCGAGUCUUGCUCCACUUUGUGCACACACACAAUCUGGCUUCGAUACUAGAAGAGGCGGACAUCUACGAUGCCGACACAUUACGCGAGAGCUGCAUGCUUUACGCUUCCAAGAAUCUCGAAACUUUGCUGGAAUCGCGCUUGCUCGACAAUAUGUCAACGCACGUCCUACGCGGACUCUCGAAGCGAUGCAGCAUUGCGCAGAGCGACAGGCAUCCGAUGUCACGCACUGUCCGCCAGAUCAUGAUAGACGAGCUCGUUGCACGUAAUGCGGAAUAUCUUGCGAGUCUUGACCUCGGUCGCGAGUUGCCGAGCAAUGCAAGACGUUGGCGACGCGAUCAGCGAUCCGGAAUUUCGCCCAUGCCGGCCGAGAUGGCGCUCUCGCCAGGGAGUUCCACAUACGAUUCGCCCGCGCCUUCACCGGCGAUGCGCCCAGCUGACAGAUCACCUGCUGCUUCGCCUGCUAUCGUGCCGAGCAGUGGCAACGAAGAUAUCUUUGAGAUGGAACUCGAGCCCGUGCCUGCACUUGCGCUCUCGCCACCUGAGGCUCGUAGCUUCUCGGAAGAGCCGACCAGCCGCGAAGCCACGCCAGGCAAGCCAUUCAGCUGGCAGCGUCAGAUGUCGAGCUCGCCUGCGCCUGCUAGCUUGCGCGACAUCAUGGCAGGUCAGGCACAGCCGGUACAGCGUGCCGCAACACCAAAGCAGUCAAGUCAGCCGCUUGCUGGUAUGUCGACGACCCCAAGAAGCUCGCAAAAGGGCAAACAGCGCGUUCUGCCUAUAUCGGACUUUCUCGAGCCGACGAAAGCGACAGCAUCGCCAGCUGCGCCGGCAUGGUCUACGCCGACGAAAGCAUGGGCCACGCAGACCGUGAAGCCAACGCCAUUUGACUUUAGCAUCGGAGCCUCCCUCACUCCCGUCGACACGCCGUCUCCUCGUCGUCAUUCCGGUUUUGCUGCGCCUGUGACUUCGCCAAAGUCAGGUCCCGCUGCGGCUGUGACAACACCGAGGUCGGAGGCAGUCGCUACCAAUGGUCCACUGAUCACGCCCAUGCGGCGACCUUCGGGACAAGGUCGGGCAGCAAGCAGGAGUGCAGUGCAAGAAGUGCCAUGGUCGUAUCAGGCGCCUGUGAUGAGUCAUGUUGGGUCAGCUGGCUCGCCUUCUGCUUCAUCGUUUGCAGCCAUCACGCAAGAGCAGCAAUCUCACGGCGCAUUGCUCAAGGGAUUGGUCGCACCACGCAGUCUGGCAGAAAUCCAAGCGGAGGAGGCCGUGCAACGUAAAGCGGCGGAAGCGGACAAGCAACGUGAGACAGAGUUUCUUGCCUGGUUUGAAGCGGAAAGCCAGAGAAUCAAUGGUAGCAAUCCUGCAGGAGCAGGAGCAGGAAGAGGACGUGGCCGCAAGAACAAUCGAAAGCAGAGCGCACGAUUGUCUUGA